AGCCCUACACUUUGUCAGUUUACGGAGGUAACUACUGCCGACGAUCAUCAGCUCGAUUAUGGGAGGAACAUGUUCCAUUCCACUAUUUACUUACAUCAAGCAUACCGGAACUGACGUACGUGGGCGCGAGAAGUUGUCAAACCCCACUCUUUCACCAGCUUUCCUUCAGUAAACAUCAAAACUUCUACUUCUACCGACUUUAGUCGACUACGAACAGGCGCUGAUACUGUUCAACACUCAGCAAAGGCCAGCUGUACGAUUUACCUGUGUAGCAAGGCUCAAGCCGCACAUAUCAAGGGUAGAGAAGACAACUUGAAACCAAACUGAUUAUGGCAUCGUUAACCCCCAAUUGGGACCUGAUUAACAGCACCAUCGCUAAAAUGGAUGCCGCUACUCAAGAAGGUCGCUUACUACACCCGUACCAAAUGUUCAAAGACUUGUCUUGUUUAUAUGGGUUGGGGGAAGAUGAUUUUAAACGUAUUGUUAUCCAACAGGCCCAAAUAGCCAAGAACAUGAAUCAACCGCACAGAAACUGGCUUAAAGAGGCUAGAAAAAAUGCUAGCUGCUUUUUUGCGGUACAGUGGGUCAAUGAUGUAUUCCCCCCUUUUAUUUCUCGUAAGAGACCUGCUAAAAGGAAGGCGGUCUCUCUUAACAAUGCUGUACCAGUUAAUCCGUCCAGUUCAGCCACUGUGGAUUCUAUUUUGAGGAUUGAACCUGAUUUAAUACAGGAUUCAGCUCUACCGAAUCCAUUAACACCAGUUCGUGCUGAAACUGUAACUUAUACAGGUCAAACUAAUUCUGAAAACCAGGAGAGUGUUGACAAAGGAGAGUGUCCAAUGAAGGCUUCUGAGGACCCUCAACUGGAAAUCCUGGAAAAUUCCGGUAGUACAGUUCAGAAACCUCUCCAGAUCACACUACCUGAUCCUUUACCUGAAGAAGCUCAACCGGAAAUCCUGGAAAACUCCGGUAGUACGGUUCAAGCUAAUCUUCAAGUCGCAUUACCUGACUAUGUUGCUGAAGAGCCUCGACCAGAAAUCCUGGAAACUUCAGGUAGUACGGUCAAGGCAAAUAUUCCUGUUAAUUGUACUAAAUUAUAGCAACCAAAACUAUCUGGAAUAGUUCCUAUAGGUCAAGUACAACUCCUGUUGGUCAUGAUGGUCAUAAUCUGCCCAUAGGAGAAAGGUCAAAACCAACUCCUGUAACCCAUCAGGAUUUCAAAAUCGUUAUUCAAAAUGAAAAUCCUAUAACCCGUACUAAACCCAAAACCCAAGGUUGGAGUGUAUGUCCACUGUGCGGAAAGCAUUCAAGACGCCUCCGCUGGCACGCCAAUCGAUUCCACCUUUCAGUUUUAUUCAUUGAUCAAGAAACUGAAACCCAUGCCAAUGAUCCAGCAUUCCAUCAAGCACGGGUGGAAUGUCUCCAGUUAUUGUCUAGGUUACUAUUGGGACCAAAGGCUGGUCUUGAAGAGUUAGUUGAUUUCCAUAACGUCAACUCUGCUCUACCUUAUAACUGCUCUGUGUCAGAUAACAGUCAAAGAGCAAUGCAACUUCUUUGUUUUAAUCAAGGUUGGCA